CUGUUCUCUGAGCUCAAAUUCUACCAAAGGGCAGCCAAACCAGAGAGCAUUGAAAAAUGGAUGGGAAGUGGAAGACCUGAACACCUUGGCAUACCAUCAUACUGGGGAACAGGAUUGGCUGAGCAUAAUGACCUCAGACGCCUGCCCAUACCAUAACCCCACCGCCACCAUGGGCCACUCGAUCCACAACAUCUGCCCUGAAUAGUGUAAACCGGGAUUCAUUCGUGAAGAGAACACCUCUCCAACGUGCCAGACGCCAUCGAAUGUGAGCAUUUGCCCAUUCAAGUCGGUUACGACGACGAAGCGGAGUCAGGUCUAGACCCCGAUGAGGACGACGAACAUGCAGAUGAGCUUCCCUGAGAUGGUUUCUGACAGUUUGUGCAGAAAUUCUUUGGUUAUUCAAACCGAUUGUUUCAGCAGCUGUCCGAGUGGCUGGUCUCAGAUGAUCUUGGAGGUGAACAUGCUGGAUGUGGAGGUCCUGGGCUGUUGUGGUUACACGUGGUCAGCUGUUGUGAGGCCGGUUGGAUGUACUGCCAAAUUCUCUGAAACGCCUUUGGAGACUGCUUAUGAAGAUGACGACUUUGAUGGAUUUGUGGAUGAGGAUUGAUCAAAAAUAACGUAUCGUUUUAUGGUUAUGGAGCGACUGGGCACUGACUUGCAGAAAAUCUGUGAGCGCAAUGGAGGUCGACUUAAGAAGGCCACUGUUCUCCGACUUGGUCAAGUACUGGUGGAUACAUUGGAGUAUAUGCAUGACAAUGAGUACGUCCAUGCAGACAUCAAAGCUUCCAACCUCAUGCUGGGUUAUAGAGACCCUCAAAAGGUCUACUUAGUCGACUAUGGCCUGUCGUACAGGUACUGCCCUGAAGGAGUACACAAACAGUAUAAGGAAAACCCAAAGAAAGGCCACAAUGGAACCAUUGAGUACACCAGCCUUGAUGCCCACAAAGGUGUUGCUCCAUCAAGACGUGGAGACCUACAGAUUCUAGGUUUUUGUCUGCUUCACUGGUUAUCUGGAUCACUCCCCUGGGACAAUGUUCUCAAAAACCCAGCUGAUGUUAUGGAGGCCAAGACCAGACUGAUGGAUCAGCUGCCAGAGUCCGUCCAGCAGCUGUCAGUGAGUGGAGCUAGCACAGCUGAGGUGGCCGCCUUCCUCCAAUAUGUUAAAUCUCUGAGCUACCAUGACCGACCUGACUACCAGCGCCUGAGACAACUGUUGGGCACUGAUGCCAAGGUAAAACUGGAUUUCUCUGUACCUCAUGGACCUGGAGAGAGAUCCACAUCUAAGGUUCUUGAUCCUCUCAUCAGGGGCAAGAGAGCGGGAAAGGCUAGAGUGAAGGAUGAGGAAGAUGCUAUUGACGAGGAAGAAAUGAAGCCUAAACAAGUCCCGGCUUGCUACAGACGAGGGCCACCCCUUCCGCAGAAAAGGGAGGGAGUCCAGAGAUCACUGCGGCCGAGGACUGCAACUGUGAGGUCUUAUAAAGAAGAGGACAUGUUGGUUGAUGAUGAUUUUAAUUAUGAUGAAGAUGUGGAGGCGAGAAGCAAACCCAUAGAUGCACGCUACUUGAAAGGCCCUCCAGUAGGACUCAAAGAAAGGCCUGAAAAGAAAGCAAACUCCAUCAGGGAAUGCAGGAGUACAGACAAACUCUGCAAACAAGUCCAAGGUAGCCAAAGGGGAACAGAAAUGUUCGCUAACUGUGAGGCUGGCAGCUUGACUCACAUGGCUGAAGAAGCGGAUGACCCGUAUGGAAGCGUGCAGCAGCAGGACGGCCACCGCUGGGACGACGACAGAGAUGAUGGUGGACCUCAGAAGCCAGGAGACGAUGACAGAGAUGAUGGUGGACCCCAGCAGCCGGAAGAGCAAGCUGCUUUGUCUCGCAUGAUUUACUGCUCUGUGUCCAUGGCUGCUACCUUUCUCCUGGCUACCGGAGCUUCCUUGAUUUAGCUUCUUGGGAGCUUCAAAGCUUCAACAAGAAUUAUCAUUUUCUUUCUUUGCUUUUUUUUUGUUGUUGCAGGUAACAGAUGUGCAUCUCCUUUUGGGUUGAAUAGCUUUGAAGCAGUUUCCUUAGGUUCAGCUGGCCCGCAAAGCCACUUCUCAGGACUUGUAAGCUGCCAUUUUCACAGUAAUGGGCUGAAAUGGAAGGAGAGUUGUACUUGUUAAAGAGUGAAAUGCUUUCUGAAGGAUACUUUACAACAAUGCAAUGAAGUGCACUCAUUUCUGACUGCCUAAGCUAUCAAAUACACUGCAAGGCGCACAAAUAAGUCCAUCUUUGACUUUGAUUCAAUGACACACAGCAUUCAUUGGCAAAUACUUUACUCACUUUAUAAGUAGCUUGACUAAAAAUGAAUGCCUUUCAGGAAAGAGAAGGCCAUGUGAUGUAUUGAGCUAUACUAAUUAAGUAUGCUGAAUAUCUAUUGACUCCACAGCAAAGGCCUUUCUGAAGGUAGCUGUCAGUCAAAUGGCGAAGUGUAGGCGUACCUUGCUGCAGUAAGGACACUCUCCAAAAACCGUGUUAAAGCUCUGCCGGCUGGCGGGCAGCAUGCGCAGCCACUGAAAGGAAAAGACAAAAGAGAAGGGACUACUUAAUCAAAUCGUCACCUUGGAUCUGAUGUGCCAGUGUCAAGUGAUAACACUUGUUUCAAUGUACACCUCACUUAAAAAGGUCCAUUCAAGUAAUGCCUUGUAAAGCUGCGCAUAAAAACCUCGCCACAUUUUCCAGGCAUUAAUGAGCCUGUGUUCAGGCAGCAGCCCUUCUCCAAAAGAAUACGAUGUGCAAAAGUCCACAAGGACUGCAGAUCAAUCCACCACAUUUAUUCCCUCCCUCCUCUCAAGGGUCCUGGGAGCAAAGCUGCCAAGAAGACACUUUGCUGUCAUGGAUUGAGUUCCUGCAGUGCCUGGAAGGCCCCCCCUGCUCAAGAAGACACGUGUACAGACCCGUAUGAACCUCUGACAUGAAAACACCUGAGUGAGACAAGAAGAAUGCGACGUGCUCACGUGACACCGAAAUCUUUGUAUGCAUCAAGUGGACUGAGCAGAGAAACGGUGAAUGAGUCCAACAAGUCACACAUUCUGCUCUCAUCCUGAGAUGUGUGCAACCCUGGCGAGCAAGCUAAACGUCUGACCUCUGUGCCUGCCAACAAGACUUUCUACACCAAAGGUGUCCAAACUGCGGCAUGUUCUAAAAAUAUAAUUUAACAAAAAACAGCAGCAAAAAUGGAAAAAUAGGCAAUUUUACAAGAAUAAAUAUAAUAAUAUUAUGACAAAAAAGCUGUCAUUGAUUUUUCUCUGCUUAUCCGGGUCCGGGUCACGAGGGCAGCAGUCUCAUUAGGGAAGCCCAGACUUCCUGGUCCCCGAAUACCACCUCCAGUACCACCGGGAGGCGUUCCCAGGCCAGAUGUGAGACAUAAUUCCUCCAGCGUGUUCUAGGUCUGCCGCGGGGUCUUCUCCCGGGCGUUCCCGAAACACCUCACCAGGGAGGCGUCCUGGAAGCAUCCGGCAGAAAUGCCCGAGCCAGCUCAACUGGCUCCUCUCGAUGUGAAGGAGCAGCGGCUCUACUCCGAGCUCCUCCCGUGUGACUGAGCUCCUCACCCUAUCUCUUAGGGUGAGUCCAGCUACCCUCCGGAGGAAAGUCAUUUCUGCCACUUGUAUCCACGAUCUCGUUCUUUCGGUCACAGGGUGGGAACAUACUGUAAAUCUACCGGUAAAUUGAGAGCUUACAGAGACCGCAUUACUGCAGCCGCUGCGCUGAUCCGCCUAUCGACCUCACGCUCCAACCUUCCCUCACUCGUGAACAAGAACCCAAAAUACUUGAACUCCUCCAUCUGUGGCAGGACCUCAUCCCAACCCGGAGGGAGCAAUCCACCUUUUUCCGACUGAGAACCAUGGCCUCGGAUUUGGAGGUGCUGAGUCUCAUCCCAGAAGCUUCACACUCUGAUGCAAACCGCCCCAGUAAACGCUGAAGGUCACAGCCCCAUGAGGCCAUCAGACGACAGUGUCUGCAAAUAGCAGAGAUGACAUUCCAAGAAUCCCGAACUGGAAUCUGCCUCGACGCCUUGGCUGAGCCUAGAAAUUCUAUCCAUGAAAAUUAUGAACAGAAUAGGUGACAAAGGGCAGCCUUGGUGGAGGCCAACGUUCACCGGAAACAGGCUCGACUUACUUAUUUACUUAGCAAUGCGAACCAGGCUCCUGCCUGGAUCGAAUAGCAUGUAGCAAUGCGCCAAUCCCGUACUCCCGGAGCACCCCCCCAGGACAACACGAGGGACACGGUCAAAGGCCUUUUCCAAGUCCACAAAGCAGUUUGAUCUGUUGGGCAAACUCCCAAGUACCCUCGGGUACCCUUGCAAGGUCCAGUGUUCCGCGACCGGAAGAAAACUACAUUGCACCUCCUGUAGCAGAGGUUCGACUAAUGGUCGUACCCUUCCCUCCAGCACCCUGGAAUAGACUUUCCCAGGGAGGUUGAGGAGUGUGAUCCCCCUAUACUGUAGUUGGAACACACCCUCCGGUCACCCCUGUUCAAAAGGGAUACCAGCACCCCGGUCUGACAAUCCAGAUGUUCCACACUUCCACGCAGUGUUGAAGAGACGUCAGCCAAGACAGUCCAGUCACACAAUCAACUAAAAGUAAUAAUUUUCAAGAGUAACAUCAUAAUUAUGAGGAAAAAUAACAUAAUUUUAGUAGUACAAAUUUGAAAUUUAAAGAAAAACAAAGUUGUAAUUUUUGGAAAAUUAGGUUGCAGAAAAAAUUAUGUUCCGAGAAUAAAGUCAAUAUUAUGUGAGUCAUAAUACGAGAAAAAAAAAUUACAAGAAGGAAAACAGCAGAAAUAAAAAAAAAACCUAAUUUUACAAGAACAAAGUAAAAAAACUACGAGAAAAGUAACGAGAAAAAAAGUUGCAAUUUUACAUACGAUGAGAGGAAAAAUAGAGUUGUAGCAUAGAGUUGAAAUAUUACAAGUAAGUUUAAAAAGUCGUAAUGUGAGAAAAAACUAAAGUUGUAAUUUUAGGAAAAUAAAGUAGGGGAAAAAGUUAUAAUACUGUAUCGUAAUAAAGUCCUAAUAUUACGAGGUAAUCAUAAACAAGACAUCCUACUUUGUGGAAAUUCACUUAUUACAGUUGGAACCAAUUAACCGCCAUAAAUGAGGGAUUACUGUAUGUAUAAAUGCAUAGACACUGUAUACGUGUGUGUGUGUGUGUUUUCAUACCUCAUACAGGCAGACCUGAUGGAAGGGCUGACCACAGUGAGGGUCACUGCACACCUGGUCGGGGAUGGCAGCUUCCAGGCGAUAGGAGUAGCAGAUCCCACACUCAACACUGAACGUCUGUGCAGACACGUUUAGGAAAUAUGUACUAUUCUUUUUUCUGUGCCUUCAUAAAACCAGAACAUGACGAUACAAACAAUCUUGUUUGCAUUUUAGUGUCUUUGUUGUCGCUGUCCCUUAAGCGAGGAAUGCAGGUUCAAAUACAUACAAAAAAUCAACAUCUGGUCAACUGAACUUUUUUUUUUUUUUUUUUUUUUACUCUGAAUACCAAUGAAGUGAAGCAUUAAUCACUGCUGUGACAAAGCUUUCGCGUCACCUGCAGUGACAGGCGGGGAGAAUAAGCAGCAGAAAAAAAGGAUUGUUUUUGUGUGAUUAAAGUGAUUGCGGAGUGCACAGGAUUGGGCCAUCUUUGUUCUUUUUAAUGGUCCUAUCUGUAAACAACCCAAUUAGAGGAGAAUUUGCAGCCACCUCUUUGGAAAACAAAAUACAAAAUUGAAACCAACACAAUAAGAGACAAUAGUGGAUGUCCACCCCCUUAAGAUUUCAAGCUCACAGACACGCGAACUAUGCUUAGAUUUGAAACACACACACACACACACACACACACACGGCUCCUUGAAGUAAUCGUGAUGGGAAUGGACAUGUUUGAAAUGGAAAAGAGCAAUUUUGUGACAUACAGAUUUUUCGUGGGUGGCAGGUGACAGGAAUUGGAUCUCCAAAACAUCCUGGAGGUUUUGCAAGACACUGGAGUCCGGGUUCCUGCCAGCAGACCACAGACAGCUCCUUCACACACUAAUUAACCACAUGCAAAUGAGCCUGCAAAGACACUGGGGGAUGAUUAAGAGACUUUCACCCAUUUAAAAAAAGAAACAGGGUGGGGAGAAGAACAGUAUUUCUGCUGCUGCUACAUUAAAUUCAACAGUGUUAGAUUUCCUUGGCACGUGUCACGCAGUGAAGCAAAUGGUUUUUUUUUUAAUUAUUAUUAUUAUUAGAUGGCCUGCUGGUUAGCGGGUCACAAUUG